UAUUUAACAAAACCUUCGACGUGUUUUUCUGUGUUUUAUUUUAAAUAUUUAGUCCAAUCGGUUUUAGGUUCUUUGUAAUAUCGGGAAUAAUCUAAAUGGAGAUCUUUCCGACUGGUUUCAAGUUCAGACGUCACUCGACUCGUCUAUAGACGAAGAUGAGUAAGUACAAUAUAGGCUGCAACAGAUCUCAGAUCCUUUACUAAUGACAAAGGUUUGUUAUUCUCGUCAGGGAGUAAAGAGCGGAUGCCCCAAACCAGACUUUCCUCAAUUGACAAAACGUAGCAAGAAGUGGAAUACAAUAGUACUAUGAGUAAUACAUGUCUAAGAGGAUCUGGCGGAAUCUGAAAUUACUGACACGUAAAAUAUCCGAGCAGUCCGAUUGUUCUUUAUUCCGUUCGUUGGAGGCAGUUAAAAAAACGUCGAAGGAGAAGCUGCGCGGUCAAAAGGGGCGUAGCGGCCAGCUGAGCGUAACUACGAGGGAGGAUGAUGAACCACCGACUACACCAGCCACUCCACCCCCGGCCUAUUCCCAACACAGGAUAGAGAUGGUCCCUGGUGGCAAGGGUGGGGGUGGGGAAUCUACAUACCUCAAUGCGCAGCAGUGUGCCUCUGCUGCUGCAGCUGCUGCCGAAAUACUUACAUCAACACCAGGCAGCAGUAAAGCAAGACAAAAAAAGUUCCAUAGGCAUUUUAAGACUGUACCACCUGAUGAAAAAGUUCUAAAUUAUUAUUCAUGUGCUCUUGUAGCCGAUAUUUUACUACAAGGCCAUUUGUACAUUACCCGAAAUUAUUUUGCUUUUUAUUCUAACGUGUUUGGAUAUGUAACCAAGCUUCUCAUUCCAACGUCCAUGGUGCUUAAGGUUACAAAAGAAAAGACGGCUUAUAUUAUUCCCAAUGCUGUCGGUAUUACAACAGAAGAGGACAAGCAUGUUUUUGGCUCUCUGUUGUCAAGGGACAGCACCUAUAAACUUAUGGUUCAAGUGUGGAAUGCAGCACUUACUCCGACUCCCACUCACCAACCUCAUGCUCACACAACUAAAGUAGAGUGUAUUGAAGAAGUGAUGAAAGAAGACUUGGAAAAUAAUAUUCAGACUAUGCCCAUUCUGCAGGAUGAAGAAUCAAGUUUAUCAGGUAGUGAAUCAAAUUUUGAUUCUAAGCUUUCAAACACAUCAGUAGAUAUUUCUUCAAAAGGAGCAAAACACAAACUAGCUGUCAAAGUGAAAUCCUAUCAUGAUAUGUUUUCUCAAACAGCACCGACAAAACAAAGCUUCACGCAAUUCUAUAAUUUUUUGAGCUCAAUUCCUAGGCCAACACUCCUACUUGUGAUAUCUACAUUACUGUUAGUUAUAUUGUUUGCCUCAGCUGCAAUACUCUUGUUCAGGAUAGCCAGACUGCAACAAGGCUACAAUGACGAAUCUUAUUUUAAAGGAAGAUCUGUUAGUGAAGUUCAAGCGUUUAUAAACUCUAAUUUAGAACAUAUAUCUAAGGUCCGACAGUCCUUAGAAAGGCUAUCAUUUUUAAUAGAAAAUGGGGGAAAUGAAAUCGGUCGACAGAAAUGGCAAUAUACAAGUUCUAGUGAUAAUUACCAUCAACACAAAAGUUAGCGUACUAUGAUUCUACUUCCACUUCGUUACGAUCAUCAAUAUCUUCUUAUUCUUCUUUCAAGCUCGUUUUAGGCUUCCAAAUAUUAUUUUAGAGUGAAAAAAAAUUAAGAAAAGAGUAAUAGUAACAAAGCCUUGCUAAGGCACACCGUUCAUCAUGUUGCCAAUUUUAAAAGUAUUAUUAGCUUCUAUUUAAGUGGAGAAAUAUCAUAGAAUAAGAAUAUUUCUAGGUUAUUGACAAUAUUGUAAAGUAGGGCAAAUUCUUAUCAUUAUAGAGACUGUACUUAAAAUUAAUCAUUGAAUUAGAUAGUGAUAACCAUUGGUACUAAUAAUGGAAACCCUACCUAAACAAAUAACUAGAAAGUCAGAUGUACUUGGCUUGACGGCUAAAUUUUAAUAAGAAAAAACAAUUUUUGCUUUUUGUUGUUAGUUUUUAUAUUCUGUGUUUUGUUAUUAUAUAAAGUUUCAAUUAAUUAUUACAUUUUAAAAGAUGAUUCUAAAAUUACCAUUGUGGUCUAGGGUUGGCGGUAGUUUCAUUAACUUAGUAUUCAUUAUGGGUUGUAAAUGUUAAAAAUGUGAGUUAUAGGGGAUCUUAUUUCUGAAAUUUGUUUUUAGCUACAAAUUUCCCAAAAUCUGGAAUACCAACCUCGGUCUUUUUUGUUUUUAAAAGACUCAUUGUCAUUAUGAUCACAACACUGCUCAGAUCGGCACAAAAUAAUUUAAUUUAGUUUAAACUUUUGUGUGCACUUUAUCUAAUCAUUUUUUUAUUACAGUGAUCAUGUUUUUAUUGUUUAAAUGAUAAAAACCCAUGUGAAUCAUAUAAACAAAUAUGUAAUUCUAAAUGCCCUCGGCUAUUUCAUAAACCCAACUAGACAACUCAAUUUUAAAUAAAUUGAUAAUAAAAGUAAACCAAAAUGCUCUACUUAGUUGUUAUUAAGAAACUACCUAUAUUUUAUUACAGUAGAUAAUUAUUUAAAAUAGAAUUGUACAUAAGGUGAAAAGUAAUUAGUAGACUGGGCAAACAUGUAGAAGAAUAAAUGGAAAUUCAUGUAAAUUUAUUUGAAACUGCUAUGUUACAUAUCAUUUUAUUGUUAUUUGUUAUUGUUACUUUUCUAUUUGUUCAAGUAAAUUAUUUUUAAGAUGUUUUGUUAAGUUAAUUAUGUAAAUAGAAUUGAUAUAAUUUACUUUUAUUAAGCCAUUUUAUUUAUAUUAUUUAUUAAGGAAUAUGGCGACUUUAAUCAUUACUAGUUACAACACAAUGAUGUAACAGCAAUUGAUUUGUUCGUAAAAUAUUAUAUUGUGUUGUGGUUAGCAUAUAAAAUUUGUGAUAAAGCAUACAGUGAGUGCAAUGGAGGUAUUUUUUGUAUUGUGGGAUCCUAGCUGUAAAUUUAGAAAGGUUGAAUGUAAUUUUUGUAUGAAAUAUUAAAAAAAUUGGCUUUAAAAUUCAAUUUGAAAAUAUUUGUAGGUAUGUAACAAUCUGCAUAUUCAAUUGUAGAAAUUAAAACAA